AACCUUCCCAUGACCUUUGAGCAUUCCUAAGAGACAUGGUGCUGGUGACAUUGACACAGAUCAGUCAGCACAUUCGUAAUUCGAUACUGAAGAACAUCUCUUUUUCGUCAUUAAAACAAAAGACGACAUUCAAGAGAAAGAAGGAAAAGAGAGGAACGAUGGUACUGUAUCCAAGUCGAGUCAAAUCGAGAGAUAUCAUAGCUGCAUUUGCAGAGACCAGUGGCAUGUUUAAUAACAAUAUCAGUCUAAGCAUACCCGUAACACCUCACUAUAUUCCACCGCGUGCCCCUGUUGUGCUCUGCCAUGGACUGUAUGGAUUUGAUAAAAGGGGACCUGAAUCCUUUCCUUUCUUGCAGGUCCAAUACUGGGGAGGAAUCGAGGAUGCGUUGGCUAAAUUGGGUGCCAAGGUGAUCGUGACAAGGGUUCCUUCGACAGGAAGUAUUUGGCAGAGAGCUCAUACGUUGCAUUCUAUCUUGACGUCUAUCUCGGAUGGAAGUAAAGUGAAUUUUAUUGCACAUUCGAUGGGCGGAUUGGAUUGCCGGUACUUGAUUUCGCAUAUACCAAAUAAACAAUACAGUGUGCAGUCAUUAACGACAAUAUCAACGCCGCACCGUGGAUCUCCCGUCAUGGACUGGUUUCGUGAUCAUGUUGGUGUUGGCAUGGCUCUUGUAAACAUGACAGCUGCAGCAAGUGAUAAUCAUCAACGUGUAGACUGCAAUACAUUACAGAAGCAUGGCUUAACCCAGCAACAGUCAUCCUUCUUGAGUAAAUCUUUAUCAGAUAUCGCCAAACUUCCAAAACCUAUACUGGAUCCUUUACUGCAAAAGACCAUUCGUGUAUUAGAUACAGCCGCAUAUGCUAAUCUAACAACCGACUAUUGUAAACACCAUUUUAACCCAAGCACACCUAAUGAUCCUGGCGUUGCCUACUACUCAUACGGCGCUGUCGCUUCAUUUUCACCUUGGUCAAUGUUAAAUAUUCCAUCACAAUGGAUAAGCGAGAAAGAGGGCAGUAAUGAUGGUUUGGUCAGUGUUCAGAGUGCAAAGUGGGGAAAAUACGUCAAGACUGUAGAAGCAGAUCAUUGGGACUUGAGCGGACAAAGAUAUCGAUGGAAGUAUACACGACCUUUUGUAAAUAAGAGUAAAUUUGAUACACUUGAUUUCUACAUGGAAAUAGCCACGUAUUUAUACCAUCAAGGACACUAAAGUAGUUACACACUCUCCUCAAACUGAAAUAAAAAUUUGUAUCUCCUUUUGUAUCCUUUUUAUAUUGUGCACGAGCAAACAGGGCACUAGGGGAAUUAUUUUUCACCUUUCUUUUUAUUCCCUUUUUUCUUCUUCUUUUUUUUUU